GCAGUGUGUAAGAGCAGUGCGCAUGCUCACACUGAAGAGGCCGCUCAACUUCUGUUCUCCGCGCGCUGGAUUCGCCAUAACUGGAACCGGGGAUUCGGUUUAGGGCUCACGGAGUGCCUGUAGCAGGGUGAAUCAGAAUGGGAGACAAGCCGAUUUGGGAACAAAUAGGAUCCAGCUUUGUGCAACAUUACUAUCAACUGUUUGACACAGACAGGACUCAACUUGGAUCAAUAUAUAUUGAUGCAUCAUGCCUUACGUGGGAGGGUCAGCAAUUCCAGGGAAAAGCGGCAAUUGUCGAAAAGCUUUCCAGCCUGCCCUUCACAAAAAUAGCUCACAGCAUAACAGCACAAGACCACCAGCCCACCCCUGAUAGCUGCAUAUUGAGUAUGGUAGUAGGCCAACUAAAAGCAGACGAUGACCCCAUUAUGGGAUUCCAUCAGAGCUUCAUCCUGAAGAACAUUAACGAGGCGUGGGUUUGCACCAAUGACAUGUUCCGCCUGGCGCUGCACAAUUUCGGUUAAAACGCUCCAUGGCUAUCAGGAGGGAAGGUGGAGGAUGGGGGUUCUGCCCUGAUGACGCCCGAACCUGUCAAUCGGCCCUUCAUUCAUCACACUCAAGAGAAACGGCACCGGAUUACAGCAGUCAAUCACAGAAAACAUGCAGGCAUAUACAGUACUGCCUCUACUCCAGAAAAGACAUGUUUCUUUGCUGAAAGCCCACACAGCCAUCAAACGGACCCCCUUUUCCUUCGCCCACCUGCAUGAUGAUGGAGAGCUUAAGUACCAGAGGACGCCCUGACCAGGACAGAAACCUAUUAACCUAACCUCGGCUGUUUGAUAUUUACAUUUUAGUUGCAGAUUUGGACUUUUUUGAAAUAACAACCGUCUUACUGUCUCUCUUUGCUUUAGUACAGAGUGUGUUAUCAGCUUGUUUUAAGAAUAUCCUCCUGGAAAGUUUCUCUGUUUUUGUUUUCGCCCCACAUGAAAAAUUGGAGUCUCCAUACAAUGUGAUGUCAGGUUGCUCUAGCUAUCCAAAGAACAGCAUCCUAAUUUCCCCUUUCCCCUCAGACCAGUGUGCUUCCCACUUUCUGCUCACUGCUCUCUGUGACAAUAAUUACCAAGCCACGAUACACAAUAAAACCUUUGACUUUUUCUUAACAACGUCAUCAUCUUGUUCAUCCCCCUGUCUGCCUUUUUUCCCUCCACUGUGCUUGCCUGUUCAUGUUUUUGAUACUGCUUCACAGAUUAUUCUAUUGUGAAGUUUAUAGAUCUGCUUGAGCAGAGCAGAAAAUCCUGUUGCUCUUUUGUUUUCUUAAUUUAGAUGGCCAGUGUUUCCUGAAAUAGUUGUCUAGAGUAAAAUAAGUGUGUUGGCUUAUCUGACAGAACAGAUCAAAUGCUGAUCAGCAAAGGAGUACAUGUAAUAAUUAGUUUUUUUUAAUGAUUUAACCUUAAAUUUAAACAUGGUAGCAUCAAUAAUUGAUGCACAUGUUAGAAAAAGGAAAAAUUGUAAGUAUUUUCUAAUGAUCGAUCAGUCUAAACAUCAGUCAGUUGAAUCAUGGUUGAAAAUGAGUCCUUAUGAAUCUUCCCUGUGAUUUAAAGGGAAAGUUCACCCAAAAAUGAAAAUUCUUUCAUUACAGUGCAUCGGGAAAGUAUUCAUAGCUCUUCACUUUUUCCAUAUUUUUUUAUGUUACAGCCUUAUUUCAAAAUGGAUUAAAUUAAUUUAUUUCCUCCCAAUUCUACACACAAUACUACAUAAUGACAAUGUGAAAAAAGAUUUUUUGAAAUUGUUGCAAAUUUAUAAAAAAAAACAAAAAAAACUGAAAACUCACAUGUACAGAAGUAUUCACAGUCUUUGCUCAAUACUUUGUUGAUGCACCCUUGGCAGCAAUUACAGCCUCAAGUCUUUUUGAAUAUGAUGCUGCAAGCUUGGCACUCCUGUCUUUGGGAAUUUUUGCCUAUUCCUCUUUGCAGUACCUCUCAAGCUCUAUCAGGUUGGACAGGAAGCAACGGUGUUCAGCCAUUUUCAGAUCUCUCCAGAGGUGUUCAAUAGGAUUUAGGUCUGGGCUCUUGUUGGGCCACUCAAGGACAUUCACCGAGUUGUUAUGAAUCCACUCCAUUGAUAUUUUGGCGAUGUGCUUUGGGUCAUUGUCCUGGAAGAUGAAUAGCCGCCCCAGUCUGAUGUCAGAAUGAAGCAGGUUUUCAUUCAGAAUGUCUCACAUUGCUGCAUUCAUCUUUCCCUCUAUCCUGACUAGUCUUCCAGUUCCUGCUGCUGAAAAACAUCAAAAACAGCAUGAUGCUGCCACCACCAUGCUUCACUGUAGGGAUGGUAUUAGCCUGGUGAUAAGUGGUGCCUGGUUUUCUUCAAACGUAACGCCUGGCAUUCACUCCAAAGAGUUCAAGUUUAGUCUCAUCAGACCAGGGAAUUUUGUUUCUUAUGGUCUGUGAGUCCUUCAGAUGCCUUUUGGCAAAUUCCAGGUGGGGAUGGCUUCCGUCUGGCCACUCUACCAUACAGGCCUGAUUGGUGGAUUGCUGCACAGAUGGUUGUCCUUAUGUAAGGUUCUCUCUCUCUCUCUUAGCUUUUUUAUUUUUAAUAAAUUUGUAACAAUUACAAAAAUCUAUUUUCACAUUAUCAUUAUGGGGUAUUAUGCGCAGAAUUUUGAGAAAAUACAUUAAUCCAUUUUGGAAUAAGGCUGUGACACAAAAAAUGUGGAAUAAGUGAAGCAUUGUGAAUACUUGCCGCACACACUGUAUUUACUUUUUCUUGUUUCAAACCUGUACAGCUUUCUUCACAAUAUCCUCUUUUGUGUUCAUCAGAAAUAAACUCGUAAACAACUUGAGGGUGAGUAAAUAGCGAGUCAAUGUUAAUUUUUGGGUGAACUAUGCCUUUAAUUCUUUAAUUUACACUCUGUUUAGCUGAGGUUUCAAUUUCCUGUAUUUCCCUUCAUAGAAAUGUUCAAAAUGUAAUGGAUGCUGUCUUCAUAAGUUUGUAUGAAUGUAAAUGUCAUUGGGUUUGUAGUGUGGCCAAAGCUGUUAUUACCUUCAGUACUGAGGCUUUUAUUCUGACGUUCAAGAAGGAUCACAAACACAUUAGCCUAAAACAUAACAGAAAUACUAGUUUUCGAGAUCACAAUCUCUUCAUUUUCAAGAUGUUUACACUAAAGGAGCUUUGUUCAUUGCUUGGGACUAGAAAAUCAUAGUCCUAAAACUAUGAAGGCCUUUGUGCCAAGCGAUGGUACAGAUAUUUUAAAAAGAUGUCCUCUGCGUCGUAGCUUUUUGCACUGAAAUAUCACAUCUAGAACAUCAGUCACUUUCUCACAGUAUAUUUUUGCUGGACAAAUUCAUGUGUUGUAAACAUGUUUGCUGGACCCUGGAUAAAGCCACUCUCAAAUGAGGUUUUAGAGGAACAGCAAAAUACUUGAUUUUCCCAAAAAUACAACAGUAAUACGAUGUGAAUAAAGAAACAGACUACUUCAGUUGCCUACAUUUAUGUGGAAAUAAAGGAGAUCAAAGUAAA